AUGGGAUUUUUGAGUGGUGUGCUUGAAGCGGUGAAAGAUGAUGAAGCGGUUAAAACGUAUGUAAUAAACGUCGAUGAAUUUGUAGAAAAAAUAAAAAAAUACGUAGGAAACGGACAUAAAGGCUUAGUUGAGGUCAUGAAGCUUGUCUCGUCCUUGCUGUCCGGGUGGGAACACUUUUUUGACGAACGAACUAAGGAGGUUAAAAUGCCAUUAGAAAAUCUUGAACAACGCAUCGCUGAGCAUCAAAAUGAUAUUCAGAAAGAAAAAAGUAAUUCGCUUGACAAGCAGUUCAAGGACUGGGCGAGGCGGUCCAAGGAGUACCUUGAUAAGGUGGAGGAGGCGGAAGAGGCUAUGCCAAAUCUGGACUGUGAUCUACGAAAACGGUUAGAAACACCAAUGAAAUUGAUACAACAGGCUGUGAAAUGUUUCCGAACAAGUUGUGAGAAUAAAGAUUUGGAUGCACUUAAUAAGGCGGCUAGAACAGAGCUAUCGAUGCUUAAGCAGGGUGUGAACGAGAAUGUUAAGAAAAUAAUAACGAGUAUGGAGAGUAAUUUAAAGAAUAGGUUCGAAAGCGAGAUUCAGACGCCGAUUUCUAAAAUUAAAUUGGAACUUCAUGGCAUAAACAAUAUUCUCAUUAGAUGGAUUGCGACAGCAGAGCACCUAGUGACGGACGCUCUGGUGACAGUAGAGAAAGUUUUAGGAAAAUUCGAUACAAAGAACAUAUCAGGUACAAAAUAUCAGACGGUCGAAUAUGCGGCAGUAAGAUUGAAACAAAGUGCCGACACGCUUUGGAAGUCUGUACAGCAAGCGAAGAAGGGGCUACGCGGCUUGAAUGGAAUCAUUAGUGAAGCGGUUAUAGCCUUGGAAAAACUGUACACUAAAAAAAUUCAAGACGUGGUUAGUAAUGUGGUAAAUGAUGUAGACGAAGCUUUGAGCGGUAUUUCCAAAGUGGACGAAGCUGUCAGGAAAGGUGUGGUGAAUCUCAGAGAUGCGAUUGUUAAGCAGGGUAUACAUAAAUUCGUAAACAAGUUUAGUGUAGGAACGUUCGGCGGAAUAGCAGACGCUGCCACAACUAAUUGGAGUCCUGUUGUUGUAUCUUCCCUAAAACUUGAAGGCACGGACCUCAUGCUUUGGCUUGUAGAGGCAGCCAGAGAUGGCCUUGAGAAAGUUAGAAGCUCUUCUGGUAUUAACCUUUCACAAUCUGGAGAACGAAAUGCGCCAUUAAAAGCUAUAAUGUACGCCUUGGAAAGCAUAAAAAGUGCGAGGCGCAAGAAUGGUGAUAUAGAAAAAUCUCUCUUUACAGCAAUCGGUAACGACUUUCAUAAAGAGAUACAGGGAGUCAUACCAGGCACUACGAAUGUCAUGGAACUUAGCAAUAUUAUGACAGAGUAUCAUGAGCAGAUGAAAAAUGGCAAUGGACGUGGAGGCGACGGCAAUUUCACAGGAUUAAUAAGGGGAAUAAAAGAAGAAUUAGGAGAUGGCAUUACAGUUGAAGGAGGUAAAGUUACUGUAGCUGCUUCGUCUUUUCAAGAGUAUACUGGAGCAAAAGGGAAAAAAGACCUACUCAACACUGAAAUCGAAAAAGUGCAAUCUCUAGGUUACGAUGUCCUAAAUGCUGCAAGGCACAGUGGUGGUGAAGAAUAUUCCGACAGUACAUUUUCGGACCAAUUAAAAAGUUUUCAGAACUCAUUAGAAACAUUUGCAAACGACAUUAAGGCGCUAGUUGACAAAGAGACAAUAAGCUCAGCAGGUAAUGAUGAUGGCAUAAAGCAACUAUUGAGAGGUCUCAAAACCAUGAUUGGUGCAGGCCCUGAUGACGAGCAUAAUACGCUUCACAAAAUCAAAAAACGCAUCGACGAUCUCAUUGCUAAUACUGUUACAUCGAAUUUGAAAACAUUAAUCGAUAAAGCGAAAGUUUUUCAUAAUGAAACUAUUCCCGGACAAGUGAAUCAAGGUAUCCAACUAAUCAGAGAACACAUUGAGCAACGAUUUCGAGUGACAAAUGACGCGAUUAUAAGCAAAACGCGAGAGAUAUAUGCCGCGCGUAGAUUAAGAGAGAAUCAAGAAUUGCAACUCUGCGUUAUAGAGCAACUCGAGUCGAUAACAGAAAUUAUCAACAAAAACCUCAACACCGGCCUGAAGGGCUUCCUCAAGACGCUGAGCGGGGAUUAUGUCGACAUUUAUUUGGCUGGUUAUGAGGAGCGUCCGAAGCAUAUCCCUCCUAAAGCUCAGAAGUCCAAUCUGCUCGACCCAGUGAAGAGCGAUCUUGACGGGGCUCAGCAACAUGGAGAGAAAGUGAAAUCGCUAAUCGACAAUCUCAAGAACUAUUCUGAACACAUCUUCGAUUACCUGCAAAAAGACCUCAAACAGAUUUUCGCCUCCCAGCCUCGGGUCAUCGGUGACUAUCCCAACCGUAUCACCACCAUCCGCUCGAACCUCACCGAUCUCCUCACCCACAUCAGCGCUAAGCAACACUUCGACCACCAGGUGCCCGGGAUGCUAGAAACGCUCAAGACGUCCCUUACCACCUUCACCUCCUCGCACUUCGGCAACGCAUCCUACCCCGUGCUCGACGCCUUUCCCCGAAGCCUGGAGCAGUUCGUCGGGGAGCUGGAGAGGAUGUAUGUGAACGGGUAUGAGGGUGAAGAGUGGAAAAAAGAGCAUCAAAAUAAUUAUGCCAAAAUCUUGUUUACUUGCAUACCAAUGCUCUUGGAAAAUUUCACCGAGCUGAAGGGGAAGUGCACGGACGGAGGUAGUUGGGGUGGAAAACGAAUUAAUGUUUCUGUCGAGAACGCGAAGUACAAGACGGUAAAUGCGCUUGGCAGAUAUAUGCAACGCCUUGGAUACGCAGUUUCGAAGGAAAACGAUUCCCAUGAAGGCGAGUUGAGGAAUAAGCCAGAGUGCACAGGUAAUACCAUUGGUGGUUUCCUCGCGGGUACCGUCAUAUCUCCCACUAAUGAAUACUAUCUCAUUGGCGUUAUUGACAAUAUAUUUAAUUACCUAAACGAAUAUAACGACGUUUGCCACUUCAUAGUCCACCCUAAGCCCAAGAUACCCUGUAACAUAUUCGAAAUGCUUUGUUGGUUUUCCGGCCUACCGCAUAAUCCCGUAUAUACAACUAUGCGCGACGUAACUGUCAGCGACCUGUUUGUCGAGCAGAAAGAAGACGGUGCGGACGACUCUAUCACUGUUACAGCCAUAAGCGACGCGCCGAUAAUAGCGUACCCUAACGACAUUACAUACAGCAAAGUUAGCAGCAUUGUAACGCAUAUCACAUCAAAGGCGUAUGACGUUCUGGCUAAAGUUCUAGGUAACGGUGACGCGUACACCAUGUACGCUUCUGACUUCUCCAAUAAUUCAUUGAAGUUGAAAUAUCCAACAUCGGGCGACGAGUGUCUCCAGAUUUUAUUAGAAAUGCUUCGCAGAGUGUUUCCCGUUUUCAGAUUCUUGUACAGCCAGUGCAAUCUGACUGCGAAACAUCACGGCUGGGCAGGGUGCCAGUACGGUAAAGAUACCCCUACGACCAAAUGGCAAUGUAGCAAGCAACCAGAGACAGAACCAACGUGCGAACCAAAAUGCAAACCAAAUUGCCAACCUACGUCGCCACUAAUGUGCUAUCUGAACGACUGUCUGCCGGGCCAUCUGCCGCAUCACUUAACGAGUGUUGGCUGUAAAUCCGAAUGUAGGACAUGUCCCAAAUUAACACCAGGUAUGCCUUGCUUGACUCCCCUUGGCUUCAGAGGGUUUUCUGGAUCCACUAAAACAGGUGGGGACCUUUUCGAAAUUAUAGAUGCGUUCCUCAACUUCGAUGAUAUUUCAUGUAUUUUCUCCCUUAUACCGAGACCACCAUCUACUCUACCUGAGCUCUUCGGUUUCACGUUAUCCUUAGUCGACGGAUGGAACACCAAUGGCAGUCACUCGCUUCUCAGAUGGCUAAUGGACUCUAUUUCCAACCAAUCAAUUCAAUUAUAUAGCCGUCCUUCCGAUCUGACGGGUGCCCUUAGAAAUGCAUACAGCGGCAGUCAGACCAGCCAUGGUGACAAUCAUAUCGAUCACACAAAAGCUGCCAUGUCAAGCCUUUCGAAUUCAAAGUCGUGCAUUCUACCUAACAAGGAGGUAUUUUGUGCUCCUUAUCUGGCGUCACUAUGUCAUGAUUCGCAAUAUUAUUUGGCAGAAAAGCAUGCGGACAACUACCUUUCGUGGGCUAUAUAUCUUCCAUGGAGACUACACGGAUAUCUUAAAUCCUUUUUGAAUGCAUUCCAAAGCAUCUCCUGCCAGGACUGGGGAUGCAGAAAAUGUCAACAGGGCGACAAGUGUAGACCAGGUCAACACGGUGUCGGCUACAACUGUAAGUGCCACGCACUUGUACGUUGCGGAGGUGUGCUGAGCACAUUUUAUAAUUACGGUUUUACAUUCGGCAAUUCAACAAAGCUGUUAGAUGUGAACGAACGACGGUAUUGUCGUGACUUCUACAGUCAACUUAGAAACGUGGUAGAAUCAUCAUAUUUCAAAGACCUGUUCACCGAGUGUGACAACUUCAUUUGGACCAUCAGAGAACCGUUCACCUAUCUCGUCCUGGCACUUUGGUCGCUAUCUCUCUUCUACCUCCUCUGCGUAAUGGUUGGCAGACUGGAUGUGCUCCACAUACGCUCACACCUGAGGAUACCGUCGUCGCACAAGAUAACAGCGCAAUCAUUGUUGGCAGCAGCGCAAGUCGGAAGGCUUGCCAAGAUAUCGUACCUGCAACCGUGA